AUGGCAUCAGCAAGGAGUUACAUCAUCCAAGAAAAGAUCCAGCGAGAUGCCAGUAGCAGGCUACAUGUCAUCAUCGUCGGCGCUGGUCUUGGCGGCCUAGGAGCGGCCAUCGCAACAUUGCUGGCCGGACAUGAAGUGACCGUCCUCGAAUCUGCACCAGCCAUCGGCGAGGUGGGCGCUGGUAUCCAAGUCCUGCCCAAUGCAGCCCGCGUGCUUUUCUCCUGGGGCCUGGAGGAGAAGCUGGAGAAGUAUGCGACCAAGCCCCAGAAGUGCAACUUCAUCGGCUGGAAGGGCAACUUCUUGGGCGACAUGGACUAUCACAAGUACGCGGCCGCAGCAGGCGGCUUCCCCUUCUGGGACUUUCAUCGAUCCGAUCUCCAUCGGUGCCUUCUUGAGCGCGCCGUCGAGUUAGGAGCCGAGCUAGUCACCAACGCCAAGGUCGAAACAUUUACUGUGUCUGAAGACCAGAUGUCAUCAUCCGUAUUCUUGGCGGACGGAAGGACCAUGACUGCCGACCUGAUUGUUGGUGCAGACGGCAUCGCUUCCAGCCUUAGGGAGCAGUUCCUCGGCAAGUCCGACCCACCCCAGCUUACCGGCGACUUGGCAUAUCGGCUUCUCCUGAACACUGCCGACAUGCUCAAAGAUCCCGAUCUGCGACACUUCGUCGAGAACCCUCAAGUUAACUACUGGGUCGGCCCCGACAAGCACGCCGUCAACUACGUUCUCAAGGGCGGCAAGCUGUUCAACAUGGUUCUUCUGGUUCCCGACGACAUGCCCGUCGACGGAGGAAACACCCUGAAAGGCAACAUCGAGGAGAUGCGAGCGCACUAUGACGGGUGGGACCCCCGUAUCAGCAAGAUGCUGCUGAUGUGCGACGAGGUUCUCAAGUGGAGGCUUUGCAUCAGGCCCGGUCUCGACCCAACGUGGUCUCACCCAUCUGGUGCAUUCACCAUGCUCGGCGACGCCGUCCACGCUACCCUGCCGUACCUUGCUAGUGGUGCUGGAAUGGCACUUGAGGACGGUGGUGUUCUCGGUUUGUGCCUUGCUCGCUUGACUGACAAGUCAGCCGCGGGAAAGAAGCAAGCUUUGAAGAUCUACGAGGAUUGCCGUCGGGAAAGGACGGAAAAGGUUGUGCGUCGCGGCACAUACAACCAAUGGAUGUAUCAUCUGCACGACGGAGAGGAACAGGUUGACCGUGACGCGAAGUUCACGCAUUUUGGUGAGAUGGAUGAUAAGUGGUUGAGUGGAGAGUCGCCUGUUCUGCCCGAGUCUCAGGAGACAGGGGAGGACCCGUUCCCUUGGAGGUACCACGGUGUCGGCAGGUGGCUGCUGACCUAUGACAUGUGGAAGGACAUUGAGUCAAAGUGGCCGUCCGCUCCAGUUGGAGCUGCAUCACACAGCGAGCAUACACCUAGAGCGAGUCUGUGA